GCUAUAUCGCCCACAGUCGCAGCGGCGUUUGUCCGAAGUGCAUUGGAAGCUGCACAUUUGUUUGGGUUCGUCUCUUGAUGUAGUUUGUGCACACAGCCCCACGUGGCAGUUUUGACUCGCUCGCAGUGAAAGCUUAUCUAAACUCUCCCGUUGGCUCUGUCCUUAUGAAAUGCCACCCAGUGAUCACUGUGCUUCUGCAUCCCGACCCCACGGAUAUUAAUAGCUCCUGACUCCGACUGCUAAUCUGCAGCUCCAUCUAGAAAAAAACUCAAAUAAAACAUUCAAUUUAUAUAGAUAGAAAAACAAUGGAAAGAAUAUCACCGUCCGUGUUAAUCUGGCUUUUAGCAGCCGUGUUCUGCUAUGUUGAUGUAUCUGCAAUUCAAGCCUCAGUCUCUCCAGAUGUCACGCCAGCCCUGACGACCAGCCCGUCGGUAGAGAGCACGGUCUCAAAGGGACUGAUCUCUAUAAACCCCCCGCUGCCUCCAACUGCAACACACACGACCCUCCCGGUAGAGAGACCAUCAACCACCGUACAGAGCACAGACACACUGACCAGCCCAGCCAGCGACAUAGAGAGACAGGCCAGCGCCGGAACAUCGGCAAACAGCAGCACUACACACCCUGCCAGAGCCAACGAGACCCUCCCCGUGCUGACUGAGCUCAGAACCAACGAGACCCUCCCCGUGCUGACUGAGCUCAGAACCAACGAGACCCUCCCCACAAUGCCUGAGCUCAGAACCAACGAGACCCUCCCCAUGCUGCCUGAGCUCAGAACCAACGAGACCCUCCCCACACUGCCUGAGCUCAGAACCAACGAGACCCUCCCCGCGCUGCCUGAGCUCAGAACCAACGAGACCCUCCCCGCGCUGCCUGAGCUCAGAACCAACGAGACCCUCCCCGCGCUGCCUGAGCUCAGAACCAACGAGACCCUCCCCACGCUGCCUGAGCUCAGAACCAACGAGACACUCCCCACGCUGCCUGAGCUCAGAACCAGGGCGAAUGGGACAGAGGGGUACACGAGCCUGGAGAGUGCAGCAGAAUCAACACAAGAGCCGGCCACAACAUUAACACCCUCCCAGGAAUCGGAAGCUUCCACAGGCAGCCCGGAAUAUCCCCCUCAGUCAGCAACCCCCGCUAACGUGACGCUGGGAGCUGAGUCCCGAAAAACUUCAGAGAUCCCAGCUUCCCCCAGUGCAGCAGCCCCCACCCUCCCCACCCUGCCUCCUACAGCCCCCCCAGCACCUCACGAGAGACCAGCCGCCCCCACACCCCCGCAGCCCCUGCCAAACUCAACCAGGUCUCGCCCCCGGUCUUUGAUAUUGGAGACGACCAGAGCGUAGUGUCUGCUCAGAGCCCUGCCAGCACGUCCACAGAGCCCCUAGUGGCUGGUCUCAUCUCCCUCUUCAUCAUCGCGCUCGGCCUGGUUUCCACCCUCCUCUACCUCAAGUUCCAACGGCGCCGCGUCCGCCCAGCGUUCCGGCGCCUCCAAGACCUGCCCAUGGAUGACAUGUUGGAGGACACCCCCCUGUCCCUGUACAGCUACUGACCCGUCCCUACCGCCACCGCGACACGCCGCCCGUUCCAGAUUGCACACGAUUAGUCAUGUAGAAUAAGAAGUGUGACAAUGAACAUGCUUGUUUUCUUAUCGCACAGCCGACUGUAUACACAAAAUAGACGCUGCCCUGCAGGGAUUUUAAAAGACCCACCUGUCCUGACCAGGACCGUAGGAGCUGCCCUGGACCUUCUGCCAAAGUACACCCCUCACGACACUGCCACCGCUACCUAGCUCUCAAGAACCACCUCAUAUCUGCCCUCUCCUGCAUCGUUCAAGCGCCACUGAAAAAAGAGCUGCUUGUUAAAUGUGUUUAAAUGAACGAAUGUAAAGGGGGUGGCCGGGGGUGCGAUGGGAAUAGGAUGUGUUGCCUUCCCCAGCCCUUGCUGUGUGAAGCAAGCAUAGUUUUGGACUGGAGAACCCCCCCUCUCUUCCCCCUUUGGAAGAGCUCCCUCCAGGGCAGGGCAGUGUUGAGGUGCAUUGUUUAGCGUUUGCUAGAAGCACCCGAAAGUGUUCCAGACUCACCAUGUGAGAUAUUGCCAACAAACAUGUGCCGUUUUUCUUUUUUUCAAGGUAAAGUCUAUGCAGGUGUUUUGACAGCUUAGUGGAGCAGGCCUGGGAAAGGGUUGUGUUUGGUUAUUUUGGAGUGGCUGUUGGUUGUUGAUGCACUUUUCAAUUUUUUUUUUUCCUAAGAUGCUUCCCUGUGCCUGCUGUUGUGUUUUUUGUUUGGUUUUUCUCCAUGCUGAAGAUUGUAAGGACUUGGAUCUUUUUUUUCCCUGCAAAACUUUGUUCUUUCUUUUCUGUAAGAUUUAAUAUGAACAUGUGGGAAAGUCCUCGCAAAACUACCCUCCCCAGGAAAUUGAUUUUUUUAAAACCCAUUCACUUUGAAGAGCUUCUUUUGUAGAGAAAUUGUAGUUUUAGUUGUAGAUCGUACAUUUGUGUGUGCAUUAAAACGGGGAGGAGGUAUAAAAGGAGCACAAGAUUUUUUGAUAUGUAUAUUUUUAUUUUGUCAUUAAUGCAAAAUUGUAGUUCUGCUUGAAUAGAGGAUAGUUUUUGUUUCCUGUAUUAAUAAUAGAUUGCAAAAAGGACACACAGAAAACAAAACACCCUGUCAGUUGGCAUGGUUAUUGUGUUUGGGUGAUGCACAGAUGCUCAAGUCCAGGGGCUGUUAGUUUGAGCUGUGAUCUAAGUUGAUUUGCCAUGCAGUUUGGGGCUGGAGGGGAGAUUCUGUUUUCCUAGAUAAUUAAGUGUGCUUUACUUUUUUUAAAGUUUCUUUCUACACUCCUCUUAGUGAAGAGAUGGGGGAGGUCCUGAGCUGUGCUCGAUUUGUGUUUAGAUCUCUUUUGGUUUUCUGUUCUCCUGAUGAAGUCUCGAAGCUGGCCUCCUUCCCUCCUUUUGUUUUACUUUAGCUUCGCUCAGCUUUUGCAUUUAAGAAAUGUUGAUCUUUUGCUGUGAAUUGUGCCUGCUCUUGCUCUGAGAUUUGGGGGGACUGCACUUUAUAGUUUCCUUUUUGUUUGUUUCUGUAAUGUAAAAAUAAUGCACUUUGAAUAGUAGUUUCCUGUCUUGUACUGUACGCCCAAAGAAACCAUUAAGAAUGGGUUACAGGAUUAAAUAAAAUUAAAACUGGAAAA